GUUCCAUCUUUAAGAUCAAUCUUCCCCAUUCCUAGCCACCUCUAUUAACCUUCCAGGCACACAGACGCCGAAAUCAUUGUCCUUUUAUAUUUAUUAUUACAAUAAUAAAUAUAAUGGCACACAAACAGCAUGGAUACCUAUACCUACCUACCUAGGUGCAUACUAUUUAUGGGAAGAAAACACACAGCGACUUCAGGGAAAUGAAGCCUAAAAUACGACGAAUCAAAUAGGACAAGACCUUGGCACAGAUCUACCAGAAGCAACUAUAACACCCAAUAUGAUCUCGGUCCCCCUCAUCCGUCACAUGGCGGGGAAUGGGGUCGAAUUCUCCAAGGUGAGGUUGCAGCAGAUUAGCCGGCAAUGCUACGUUAGCUAUAGCUAUAGCGAAUGCAUGGGGGAAAGGGUAGUCGAUCAAGCCUGGAGAGGUCUGCUGAACAAUAGAGCAGCAGGGAUUUCAUAUACGGAAUCAUUUGGCAUUUAUGGCUACGUUUACGAAAACCUGCACGCUCACGACGGCACAUCCAAACCAAGGGCCGAAUAAUACAGGCUCCCUGUAGCUGUGAGCAGGGUCGCCACUAUGCGUAGCACGGAGCUCAAGUCUUAAGUGAAGGUGGGUAGCACUUAUGCGAGCGAGGGAGACCUCCAGCACAUUCUACUUUCUAUCUUUCCAACUUAGAAGCCCUUCACUCGCAAUCAAGAUGGCAUCAGAUCAAGAGAAAACCUGGGGGGUAAGGGACCAUUGGAAAGCGAUGAUUGCCAUGACUCUGGUAUCCCUAAGCUCUUUCCAAUAUGGUCUUGAUUUCGGGAUAAUUGGUGGUCUUCAGGCCAUGGUUCCAUUCCUUCAGGUCUUCGGGAAAAAAGAUCCAUCGAUCCCCCUUGGAUAUAACAUCCAAGCCGACAGGCAACAGCUAAUCGCAUCUUUGAUGGUCCUCGGCGCCUUUGUCUCUUCAUCUUCUACAGGUUUCACGGCCAAGUACAUUGGUCGAAAGUUAUCUCUGUGGAUUGCUUGCAUUGGUGUUUUUGUAUCCACUGCACUCAUGCAAGCUACUACGAAUAUAGGGGGUCUGUACACUGGAAGACUUAUAAUAGGUCUUGCUAACGGGCUGUUAAUGACACAUUCCCAACUUUACAUUCAGGAAAGUGUUCCAAGCCGUUACAGAGGAUUGGGCAUUUCUUUUUUCUCGUAUUGGAUAUCAUUCGGGUCCUUAAUUGGUACCAUUGUCGAUAAUUUCGCAGCAAAAAUCCCAACCCGAGACGCCUAUAUAACCCCCUUGGGAAUUGUACAUGUCGUGCCUGGUAUUUUAGCUAUCGGGCUCUUCUUUAUUCCCGAAUCGCCUCGUUGGCUCGCGGCGAGGGGGGAUUUCGAAAAGGCUGAGCAGGCUUUACGACGACUUAGACCUCAAGGAUGGGCAGUUGGGCAGGAAAUAGAGGAAAUGCGGACGACACUUGAAGCUGAAGCCCAACUCCAGGCAGGAAUCGGAUAUCUGGACCUUUUCAAGAAUCCCAUCGAUCGUCGUAGAACCACGAUUGCUGUGUGCGCAUUGACGAGCCAAGCAGCGUCUGGUUCUAUGUAUGUUAUAUCAUACGGAACUUACUUCUUUGAGAUGGCAAAUGUAGGAAACGCUUUCGAGAAUUCGUGCAUCCUUACCGGUGUUGGUGUGGCUGCGCUUCUCGCGACCGCCCUUUUGAUCACAAAAUUUGGGCGUCGACGACUAAUGAUGCUUGUGGGGUUCUCUCUCUGCGGGAUAUCUCAGCUGAUCAUAGCCGUGGUAUACACAAUACAUCCCAACACUCAAAAUUCGGGCAAAGCCCUCAUUGGGAUGAGUGUCCUCUACAUAUUCGCUUAUAAUGCCAUGGUCGCACCUUAUGCAUGGUUGUCUGGAGGUGAGCUUUCGUCACAGCGUCUUCGCUCGCACACUUUCGGGCUAGCGACAGGAGUGGGAUUCUUCUUCGCUUGGCUUACCACGUUCACGGCGCCGUAUUUCAUCAAUCCCGACGCGCUCAAUUGGGGGCCAAAGUAUGGGUAUAUAUGGACCGGUUCAUCCCUUGUCGCAGGUACCUGGAUCUAUUUCUUCCUGCCAGAAGUGAAGGACCGUACUCUUGAGGAGAUCGACGAAAUGUUCGAGGCUCGGAUCCCUGCUCGAAAAUUCCGCAAAUAUCAUUGCACAGGAAGCCAUGCUGUCCUCGAGGAGAAAGCUCAGACAGAAUGUAUCGAAGAGAGGGCUGGAAGUGCUAAGGGAAGAGAAAUAAAACUAUGAAGAAAAGACGUUGUUGUCUAGUAUGAUGGAUUUGAAAAGAGGGGCUGGGAUUUCGAUUUCUCUUGGUCUGAUUCAUGACCUAUCCACCCCAGUCCAGGUGAAGCAAAUUGACGCAACUAUUCUUUUACAAUUUAUUUAUUUUUUUUUUUUAUUUUUUUUUAUGAAAGGUCGCUGUAUAUCUGACGUACAUCGGAUCUACUCAAAAUAGCUAGCUACCUAGUC